GCUGGCCACGCCCCCUCCUCCUCGUGACGUCACUCCCGCGCAGCUCGGCUGGGGUCGUGGUUGGUGUCGCUCGCUCGUCAGGGUCCCGCGGCUAGCCUCUCCGAGGCCCCGCUUCAGCCACUACCGGAGGGGGUCGAGCGGCACGGUGACCCAGUGCACGCCGCGCGAGCUCAAGAGCAGCGGACAGAGGCGAGUGCGCGACCCACGGUGGACGCACAGCUCUUUGGGGGGUCCUAGGAGUGCGGCGCAGGCAUUGCUUCAUCAUGAGAAAUCUAAAGUUACUUCGGAGCCUGGAGUUCAGGGAUAUUCAGGUUCAAGGGAAACCACAGUGCCUCUCUCUCCGAACCGAGCAGGGGACAGUGCUCAUCGGCUCAGAACAUGGACUGGUAGAGGUAGACCCUGUCACGGGAGAGGUGAAAAAUGAAAUUCCUUUGGUGGCAGAAGGCUUUCUCCCAGAGGAUGGAAGUGGCUGCAUCAUUGGUAUUCAGGACUUGCUGGAUCAGGAGUCUGUGUGUGUGGCCACAGCCUCUGGAGAUGUCCUGCUUUGUAAUCUCACCACACACCAGCUGGAAUGUGUCGGAAGUGUAGCCAGUGGUAUCUCUGUCAUGAGUUGGAGUCCUGACCAAGAGCUGGUGCUGCUUGCCGCAGGUCAGCAGACCCUAAUUAUGAUGACAAAAGACUUCGAACCAAUCAUGGAACAGCAGAUCCACCAGGAUGAUUUUGGUGAAAGCAAGUUCAUCACUGUUGGUUGGGGCAGAAAGGAGACGCAGUUCCAUGGAUCUGAAGGCAGGCAAGCAGCUUUUCAGAUGCAAAUGCACGAGUCUGCUUUGCCCUGGGAUGACCAUAGACCACAAGUUACCUGGCGUGGCGAUGGGCAGUUUUUUGCUGUGAGUGUUGUUUGUCCAGAAACAGGGGCUCGAAAGGUCAGAGUGUGGAGCCGGGAGUUCGCUUUACAGUCAACCAGUGAGCCCGUGGCUGGACUGGGACCUGCUCUGGCUUGGAAGCCUUCAGGCAGUUUGAUUGCAUCUACGCAAGAUAAACCCAAUCAGCAGGAUGUUGUGUUUUUUGAGAAAAAUGGACUUAUCCAUGGACAGUUUACACUUCCUUUCUUCAAAGAUGAGGUUAAGGUUAAUGGCCUUUUCUGGAAUGCAGAUUCCACUGUGCUUGCAGUUUGGUUGGAAGAACUUCAGAGGGAAGAAAAUUCAUCUCUGAAAACCUACGUUCAGCUCUGGACUGUUGGAAACUAUCACUGGUAUCUCAAGCAAAGUCUGCCCUUCAACACCUGUGGGAAGAGCAAGAUUGUGUCUCUGAUGUGGGACCCGGUAACCCCAUACCGGCUGCAUAUUCUCUGUCAAGGCUGGCAUUACCUCUGCUAUGACUGGCGCUGGACGACGGACCGGAGCGCGGGAGAUAGCUUGAGUGACAUGGCAAAUGUGGCUGUUAUUGAUGGAAACAGGGUGUUGGUGACAGUCUUCCGGCAGAGUGUGGUUCCACCUCCCAUGUGCACCUACCGACUGCAGCUCCCACACUCUGUAAAUCAGGUCAUGUUCUCGGCACACCCUGAAAAGAGUAACGACCUCGCUGUCUUAGAUGCCAGUAACCAGAUUUCUGUCUAUAAAUGUGGUGAUAGCCCAAGCAUAGACUCUACAGUGAAACUGGGAGCUGUGGGUGGAAAUGGAUUUAAAAUUUCCCUUAGAACGCCUCAUCUGGACAAAAGAUACAAAAUUCAGAUUGAGGGCAGUGAAGCUGAAGAAGUAAACCCACUGAAGCUCAGCCUUCUCACCUGGGUUCAGGAAGACAUUUUCCUGGCCGUGAGCCACAGUCAGUCCAGCCCCCAGUCUGUUGUUCACCAUCUGACUGUGGCCCCUUCUGAGACGGACGACGAGCAGGGACAGCUCAACAUCAGUUCAUCUGUGACAGUGGAUGGGGUCAUAAUCAGUCUGUGUUGCAACCCCAAGACCAAGUCAGUAGCCCUGCAGGUGGCUGGUGGCCAGAUAUUUAAGUACCUUUGGGAGUCGCCCUCUCUGGCCGUUGAACCGUGGAAGAACCUGGGUGGCUCUCCUGUUCGGUUUCCGUACCUGUGCACGCAGACUGAAUUGGCCAUGAUUGGAGGAGAGGAAUGUAUCCUUGGUUUGACUGACAGAUGUCGCUUUUUCGUCAAUGAUGCUGAGGUUGCAUCAAAUAUCACAUCAUUUGCUGUAUAUGAUGAGUUUUUAUUGGUGACAACUCAUUCCCAUACCUGCCAGUGCUUUUGCCUGAGAGAUGCUUCAUUGAAAACGUUGCAAGCAGGUCUGAGCAGCAGCCACGUGCCUAAUGGCGAGUCUCUGCGGAAGGUGGAGAGGGGUUCACGCAUCGUCACUGUUGUGCCUCAAGACACAAAGCUUAUAUUGCAGAUGCCAAGGGGAAACUUAGAAGUUGUUCAUCAUCGAGCCCUGGUUUUAGCUCAGAUUCGAAAGUGGUUGGACAAACUUAUGUUUAAAGAAGCAUUUGAAUGCAUGAGAAAACUGAGAAUUAAUCUCAAUCUGAUUCACGAUCAUAACCCUAAGGUGUUUCUUGAAAAUGUGGAAACCUUCAUAAGACAGAUAGACUCUGUGAAUCAUAUUAAUUUAUUUUUCACAGAAUUGAAGGAAGAAGAUGUUACAAAGACCAUGUAUCCUCCACCAGUUGCCAGCACUGUUCCACUCUCCAGCGAUCCUGAUGAGAAAAAAGUAGACCUCAUCUGCGAUGCUAUGAGAGCAGCCAUGGAGAACGUAAACCCUCACAAGUACUGCCUGUCAAUACUCACCUCUCAUGUGAAGAAAACUCCCCCAGAACUGGAGAUUGCGCUGCAGAAGGUACACGAACUUCAAGGAAAUGAUCCCCCAGUCCCUGACGCUGUGAGUGCCGAAGAGGCCCUGAAAUAUUUGCUGCUUCUGGUAGAUGUUAAUGAAUUAUAUGACCAUUCUCUUGGGACCUAUGACUUUGAUUUGGUCCUCAUGGUAGCUGAGAAGUCACAGAAGGAUCCCAAAGAAUAUCUUCCAUUUCUGAAUACACUUAAGAAAAUGGAAACGAAUUAUCAGCGGUUCACUAUAGAUAAAUAUUUGAAACGAUAUGAAAAAGCCAUUGGCCACCUAAGCAAAUGUGGACCGGAGUACUUCCCAGAAUGCUUAAACUUAAUAAAAGAUAAAAACUUGUAUAACGAAGCUCUGAAGCUCUACCCACCGAACUCACAGCAGUACAAGGACAUCAGCAUUGCUUACGGGGAGCACCUGCUGCAAGAGUGCCUCCACGAGCCGGCAGGCCUCGUGUUUGCCCGCUGCGGCGCUCACGAGAAGGCGCUCGGCGCCUUUCUGGCCUGUGGCAGCUGGCAGCAAGCGCUCUGUGCGGCGGCCCAGCUUCACCUGACCACGGAGCAGCUGGCUGGCCUGGGCAGGACUCUGGCAGGAAAGCUAGUUGAGCAGAGCAAACACAGGGAUGCAGCCACAGUUUUGGAACAGUACGUGCAGGACCAUGAAGAAGCUGUGCUUGUGUUGUUAGAAGGAGCUGCCUGGGAAGAAGCUCUGAGACUGGUACACAAAUAUAACAGACCAGAUAUUAUAGAAACCAACAUAAAGCCUUCCAUUUUAGAAGCCCAGAAAAAUCAUAUGGCGUUUCUGGACUCUCAGACAGCCACAUUCAGUCGGCAUAAAAAACGUCUGUUGGUGGUACGAGAGCUGAAGGAGAAGGCCCAGCAGGUGAACCUGGGUGAGUGCCUGCCUGAAGCCAGUGAAGCUUGGGUCUUCUCCAACACCACAUCCUUAGUAUCAGGUCACCCCCCCCCUUUUAAAACAUCUGUAAUUUCUAACAGGCGAUCAUCUAAGAAUCGGCGCAAAGCGGAGCGGAAGAAGCACAGCCUCAAGGAGGGGAGUCCUCUGGAGGAUGUGGCCCUUUUGGAGGCAUUGCGCGAAGUGGUGCAGGGGACUGAAAACCUGAGAGAUGAAAUAUGCCGUAUUUUAAAGAUGCUCUUUCUCUUUGAGUUUGAUGAGCAAGGAAGGGAAUUACAGAAGGCCUUUGAAGAUACUCUGCAGUUAAUGGAAAGGUCGCUUCCGGAAAUUUGGACUCUCACCCCCCAGCAGAGUUCAGCUACACUUGUUCUAGGUCCCAAUUUUACUUCAAAUAGUAUCAUGGCCUCUUACCAACAAGAGACGACAUCAGUUCCUGUUCUUGAUGCGGAGCUUUUGAUACCACCAAAGAUCAACAGAAGAACCCAGUGGAAACUGAGCCUUCUAGAUUGACUGUGACCUCAGCUAGGAGGCGCUGGCAGAGAAAGCUGUCUUCCUUCUACUCCUCACUCCUCGAGGCCUGGCUUUGGGAACUGGGAAGAGAAGACCAUCUACCUUAGCGUUGGGGAGAGCUGCUCUGUACAGCGGACCUCGGCAGACACAAAUUCCGUUUUAUUUUAUUUUGCAUGUAAUUAUAAUCAUUAGCAAGACUUUAAGCUUCAACCAUUAGAGCAUCAUUUUGUAAAAGUUAUUGUUCUUUUACUUAGUGCUGUUUGAGAGCAUAUUUCUGGUAUUUAUGGUAAUCAGGACAUUGGGUUUGAUUCCCAGCUAUGGAUCUGAAUCAUAUUGGGACCAUAGACAAAUCAUAGAACUGAUUUGUGCCUCAGUUAAUUGGGAAUAAUGUUUCGUGGCUUCUAUCUCAAGUGUGAAGAAAAGUAAAAUAAUGUUUUUAAAUUGUUUUAUGUUCCUUGAGGAAAGCAUUAUGUAUAAACGACAUGGCUGUUAGUGGUCUCAACAUUUGGUCAAAUUCAAUCAUUUAAAUGAUUUCUUCACCUUGAGCUAAAGCAGAAUGAAAAUCGAAAUCUAUUCUUUAAUGUUCUGAGCUUUCCUAUGCUGACAGUAAUAUCUUACCAGGUCAUGUGCUUCCAGUUACAACCAGUUUGAGCCUCCUGUCACUACAAUGCCCAUAGGGACUGUUUUUACUGCCUGUGAAUGUUCUGCUAGAAUUAGCAGUGUCAGAACUGGAACAGUCUAGAAUUUCUGGAACAGUAUUGUGCAUACUUGGGAUGGUGAGCAGUGUGCAUCAGAUGGCAUGCGCAGUAGUAAGUUACUCCUUUCCCUCCAAAUGUUGCUUCUUUUAACAUAGUGUUUUUGUCAGUGUCUAGGCCAUUUCAUUUAUUUUUCUUUAUGGUGCUUAACUGACCUCUGUCUUCUAGUUAUUUUCUUUGGAAGAAAUGGAAAUGUUUUCCCUUUUCAGUGAGUCCAGAAAAAGCUUAAUUCAUUUUGACAACAGUUUUGUUGCUGAGUUCUUGGGUAAGGCUAACAAUCUCUUUCAUGCUUUUAAUAUCCAAACCAGACUUUUAUUUCUCUAUGUAAGCUAACAGUAAGUGCUGCUUUUGAUCCUCAGAGUGUGGAUAUGCCCAGAAUUGUGUAACCAAAUAAGCCUUUCCCUAAUAUAGCUAAGUGUAAACUACAGAAUCUAUGUGUGUUCACUGUAUAAUUCAGUUCUUUUGUGUCUGAAAAUGUUCACAAAAUAAUAGAAAAAGAAUGUCUGUAAUUCAGUGCACAGCAUCGAAAGGCUGAAAGUGCUUUGUGACUACUGUGUGGUGUGGAUUACUGAACAUGGUAAUGUACGUGGCAUUUUAAUAUAGUGCUCUUGCUGUGGAUAAUAGUAAAAGGGUCCAGGCCGAUGGGUUGCCAGUGGAAGUGAACGUGUCUUGAUAAUG